GCGCCUCACUUCUACUCCGCACCCCACAUUUCGGACCUUGACUCUGCGCCCCCACCCGCACGCUGAGUUCCCGGCUCCCUCCUGUAAUCUGUCGCCAAACGUUAGGCCCCCAACUCCAGGGCAGUUCACACCAUCCCAUCGGGCGGGCAAAGGAGAACACAGGGUCCCCUGGAGGGGCUGGGCUGGGCCCCAAGCCCUCCUGCCCUGCCCGCCUGCUCCAGGGGACACCAUCCAGCCGGGUCCGCGAAGAGCUGAGCUGGGAAGCGCGCACCCCCGCUGGGCUCUGAGCCGCUCGCGCUCCGGGGAAGCUCGCGCUGUGCUCCGGCUCGAGCGGGGCCGUCCUGCGUGCCUAAUCGGCUAUUUAAGGAGCUGCCCGCCAGCAGCCGGGCACCCCCCCUCCCCUCGUGCACCCGUCCAGAGCCACCUUAAAAGCGGGAGGCAGUUGUGGAGCGGCUGGCUGGCGAGCCAGAGGAGUGAGACUGCAGAGUCCUCUAGACCCCAAACUCCUGGCCCCGGGUCCUUUGCUGGGGAUACCAUGUUGUUCUUCGCCCUCCUGCUUGAGGUGACUUGGAUCCUGGCUGCCGGCGGGGGCCACCACUGGACAUACGAAGGCCCUCAUGGUCAGGAGCACUGGCCAGCCUCUUACCCAGAGUGUGGAAGCGAUGCCCAGUCCCCCAUUGAUAUCCAGACAGACAGUGUGACAUUCGACCCUGAGCUGCCUGCUCUACAGCUCCAUGGAUACAACCAGCCUGGCCCCGAGCCUUUGGACCUACAUAAUAAUGGCCACACAGUGCAGCUCUCUCUGCCCGCCAGCCUGUACCUGGGCGGGCUGCCCCGAAAAUAUGUAGCUGCCCAGCUCCACCUGCACUGGGGUCAGAAAGGAUCCCCAGGGGGGUCAGAGCACCAGAUCAACAGUGAAGCCACAGCUGCGGAGCUCCACAUUGUUCAUUAUGACUCUGAUUUCUAUAGCAGCUUGAGUGAGGCUGCCCAGAGGCCUCAGGGGCUGGCUGUCCUGGGCAUCCUAAUUGAGGUGGGUGAGGCUGAGAAUCCAGCCUAUGAACACAUUUUGAGUCAUUUGCAUGAAAUAAGCCAUAAAGAUCAGAAGACUACAGUGCCUCCCUUCAGUGUGAGAGAGCUGCUCCCCUCCCAGCUGGAGCAGUUCUACCGCUACAAUGGCUCGCUCACCACUCCCCCCUGCUACCAGAACGUGCUCUGGACAGUCUUCUAUAGAAGGGCCCAGAUUUCAGUGGGACAGCUGGAAAGGCUUCAGCAGACACUGUUCUCCACAGAAGAGGAGCCCUCUGAGGCCCUUGUCCAGAACUACAGAACCCCUCAGCCUCUCAACCAGCGGACUGUCUUUGCUUCUUUCAUCCAAGCGGGACCCACGUACACAACAGGUGAAAUGCUGAGUCUAGCUGUGGGAAUCUUGCUAGGCUGUCUCUGCCUUCUGCUGGCGGUUUACUUCAUCGCUAGAAAGAUUCGGAAGAAGAGGCUAGGAAACCGGAAAAGUGUGGUCUUCACCUCAGCUCGAGCCACCACGGAGACAUAAACUCCCCUUCAGACGUCAUGGAAACUUCCCCUUACUUAUCAGGGAGUCUCCAAGUGGGGUGCAGAGACUGGCCAGAAAAUACUGUUAGCAGUAGUAGGCAGACAUCCCUCCUUCGUCUGGACAUUUCCCCACAGAGAGGUAAGACCCCUAGUUUUCCUUCGAGGAAGAACAGCAGAGCUUCAGUUUCUCAAAACACGUAGGUGGUCAGGGACCCGUGUGUAUUAAUGCAGAGGGCAAGCUAUUUUCGUUUAGUUGUUGAAGUUGGGAAGGUACCCCAAAGUCCCCCAUUCUUCACCUUUAUAUCCCUUCCCUAGGUAUAGUGCAGGAUCUCCCCUUAGGAAAAAGGGCUGCUGCUGGGAUUAUAUUUUUUUGCUCAAUAUAUUUGAAAAUUAAAGUUUCUGACCUUUACUCUG